AUGGAUCAGAGAUCAGAAGUUAAGCAAGCUGCGCUCGGAAUGGCUUUAUAUGCAGCUUUCUUCUCAUUUUCUGUGGGUGUGAUAUCUCUGCCCCGGAUUUCCCCAAUUGGCUCAGAACGUUUCUUUCUAAUAAGGGGAAAGUCCCCAGUCUUUACCAAGGAAGAACACAAGAAGCUUAUAGCCCGGAUACUUAAUAGGCUCCCGAGGAAGCCCUCUAAGUCAGCUGAAAAUCGUGAAGGAGGAUCUUCUAACUCUUCUUCAAAUGUUUCCACCAGUUCAAGAAGCGGCUCUUUAGCAAGUAGCAGAUAUGUGAAUUCGGGUACUUCAUCUCUUUCAGGCCCUAAUUCUACUCCGAAUUUUGGAGUAAACGUGAAUUCAAAGCUUAAUGGGAAUUCAUUGGCUUCUCCAUAUGAGGCAUUGCCUAGUUUCAAAGAUGUUCCAAAUGCAGAGAAGCAGAACUUAUUCAUAAAAAAGUUGAACUUGUGUUGUGUUAUCUUUGACUUCAGUGACCCAACAAAGAACCUCAAGGAAAAGGACAUCAAGCGACAGACAUUGGUAGAGCUUGUGGAUUACAUUGCUUCUGCUAAUGGGAAAUUCUCAGAAACUGUCAUGCAAGAAAUUGUAAAGAUGGUGUGCGUAAAUUUAUUUAGAACACUCACUUCUCCACCCCUCGAAAACAAAGCUUUAGAGGCCUUUGACUUAGAAGAGGAAGAGCCCUCAAUGGACCCAGCAUGGCCACACUUGCAAGUUGUGUAUGAAUUCUUCCUGAGGUUUGUGGCAUCACCUGAGACAGAUGCAAAGUUGGCUAAGAGGUACAUUGAUCACUCUUUUGUUCUCAGGUUGUUAGGUCUUUUUGAUUCAGAGGACCAUAGAGAGAGGGAUUACUUGAAAACGGUUCUGCACCGCAUCUAUGGGAAAUUUAUGGUGCACCGCCCAUUCAUCAGGAAAGCUAUCAACAACAUCUUCUAUCAUUUUAUUUUUGAAACUGAAAAGCAUAAUGGGAUUGCAGAGCUGUUGGAGAUUUUGGGAAGUAUAAUAAACGGUUUUGCUCUGCCGCUGAAAGAAGAGCACAAACUCUUUCUUGUUCGAGUGCUUAUUCCACUUCACAAACCCAAAUGCAUACCCUUGUACCACCAGCAGUUAUCUUACUGCAUUACCCAAUUUGUGGAGAAAGACUGCAAACUUGCAGAUACAAUAAUCCGUGGUUUACUAAAAUAUUGGCCUAUUACAAAUAGUUCUAAGGAGGUCAUGUUCUUAGGGGAGCUGGAAGAAGUUCUAGAAGCAACUCAGCCUGCAGAAUUUCAACGCUGUAUGGUACCUUUGUUUCGCCAAAUUGGCCGAUGCUUGAGCAGUUCACAUUUUCAGGUGGCAGAGAGAGCUUUGUUCUUAUGGAAUAAUGAUCACAUUGCCAACCUAAUCAAACAGAACCGCAGUGUCUUACUGCCAAUCAUAUUCCCUUCAUUGGAGAAAAAUGCAAGAAACCACUGGAACCAGGCAGUACAGAGCCUGACUCUAAAUGUCCGGAAGAUUUUCUCUGAUAUUGACCCUGAGCUUUUUGAGGAAUGCUUGCUCAAAUUUCAGGAAGAUGAAGUACAAGAGAAGGAACUUAAUUUGAGACGUGAAAUCACUUGGAAGCGUUUGGAAGAGAUUGCUGCCAAGAAAGCUACAAGCAAUGAAGCAGUGCUUGUGUCCCCCAGAAAAGCCCCCGGCAAACCUUCUGGCUAG